GGCGAAGAAAAAGACUCAUGUGGACUGAUUCGCAAGAUACGGGCCACACAACCUCUCGACAUGCUGUCCAAGGCCGUACGGCCCGUCUGCAUACGCGUACCUGCCACCGCAGGAACAACCUAUGCCCCGCACAUCAGAUGAGGAGGCAGAGGAAGCACGGUCACGUACCGUGGCACUGGGACGUGGAUCCACCCAGGAGUGGGCGGGGAGCCAGUUGUAUGGGUAUCGUGAGACGACGUCUCGACAGUCUUUCACCGAACUACUGGAAGACGGCAUUUGCGAAAGCGACAAUGCAGUUGGCGCGAAUCUUUCAUUUGGGCUGUGUAGUGGGAGCUCAUCAGCCAUGACAAACAUUGUCCUCGUCAAACCCCAACCCGACGUCGACGCGGGGCAAGUGACAACAGUCGGCCGAUCUGCAAAGGCUCCGAGCGGAGACUGGGUGGCGGCAAAGAAGACAAGGGAGCGUCAGAGACUGCAAUUGUCGGUGUCAUCAGUGCCACAUGCUGCUGCCGGUCGUCCAAACUGGAUGCAGCCACAUCACCGUUGUCGGGGGGUGGAAGCAAGGGGAGCUUCACGGCUGCCUGCGUGCCGGCGGACGAAGAUUUUGUGGGCGGUCUUGGUAAGCGGGUCGGGAGGCAGGCGGGCAAGAAUCUGUCGACGAUGGGGACAGGGGUGCCGGCGGCGAAGACGAAGACGAGAGCUCCACGAAAGGGUCAUCACCAGCGAGUCAACGACGGGUAGCACAGACGGUUUCGGUAAGCGAAAGAACAUGAGGCAGAAGACUUUUGAAGCUCUCACGGAGUGCAUGGAGAAGCACUGGAUGCUAAUGGCGACGACGAUGGGUAGUGCUAGCAAGAGGCAGUGUUCCAUUCAACUUCGACAAUGCGAAGCCAUGGAUGCAAAGGUGGAGGUGUUGAGAAAGCACUACGAGGCGUCAGACGAUGUGAGCAAGCUCAUGUGUCAAGCAUUGUUGGAGAUAGCGAAGGCUAUAGCCCAUAGAGGAGAGGUAGAAAAGGGAUUCCUGCCGUUCAUGAGAUUGCCCGGGGAACUUACUUACUGCCCUUCACCGCUUGCAUUGUCGUCUGUCGCCGUGGACGCCCCAUGAACAACAAUCCUCCCGUUGUCCUUGGUCAGCAUGCCUUCCUGGCUGCCUCUCCAUGU